AUGCAGGCAAUGCCUGAUACGCGACAGCAGUCGUUCGAUGAGAUCUACGGCCCGCCCGAGAACUUUCUUGAGAUCGAGGUCCGCAAUCCCCGAACCCACGGCAUGGGCCGCGGCAUGUACACUGACUAUGAGAUCGUCUGCCGCACCAACAUACCCGCCUUCAAGCUCCGAGCCUCGAGCGUGCGCCGCCGCUAUUCCGACUUUGAGUACUUCCGCGACAUUCUCGAGCGCGAAAGCGCUCGCGUGACCAUUCCGCCCCUGCCCGGCAAAGUCUUCACGAACCGAUUCAGCGACGACGUCAUUGAGGGUCGCCGCGCUGGUCUCGAAAAGUUUCUCCGCAUCGUCGUCGGCCACCCGCUUCUGCAGACGGGAAGCAAGGUCCUGGCAGCCUUUGUGCAAGAUCCUAACUGGGACCGUAAUGCAUGGUGA